AUGUCAAGCAAGUACCCCAUCGUGGUGCAGGGCGAGGCAUCCGAGACAGACUCUGAUGACGAGGUUUACAUCACCUCCAUGCCAGCUUCUCAAACGGCCAUUGCGGUGGCCAAGGUUCAAGGGGAAGCUUCUGAAACAGACAGUGAAGAUGAAGUGGAGACGGCGGACCGAAGUUCUGCAUUGACACACGAAAGUACUAAAAUACUUCAAAGAGAUCUACCUCCACUAAUUGUAGUAAGAGAUCAUCCUGAUAUACAAUCAGUUGUGGAAGAUAGGCCGAGCCCUACACAUAAGCCUUUUGGUGAUACUUUAUUACAGCAGAAGUUGCAGGAAUCAAACAGCCGUCUCUAUACUGAUGUGGGACAGAUGCUACGUAAUGUUUAUGGCAGUGCCAGCAAAGAGGUGCGCAGUGCAACAGCACAGUUAAACACAUCACAGAGCGCCAUUAUCAAUGCUUCCCACAGCAUACGGCUGAUUUUGGACGACCUGAAGUCUGUGUCUGAAAAGAUUGACAUCAUCACUACCUGCCAAAUAUUACCUGAUAUUAAAAUGAACCAUUCAGAUGAGAGUAACACACCUGCAUCUUGA